GUACUCCGAGCUUUGACUGCGGGGUAGGAGAUCACCUCUUGUAAACAGCUUCCUUGCUCUCUCUUUUUACUUCUCCAUUUCACAACUUUCAUCCUCCACGCACUACCAUUCAAGCCCCUUCACAAUUUUUCGACGAUAUACAUCAUCUAGAUUACUUCAAACAUCUGUGUUUCAGAAGACUGGAUAUAAUAAUGGAUAUGUUUAAAGUAAUCGUUGAUUGCCUCUUCUGUUCGAAUGACUAUCACGAAAAUCCUACAUAUUCUGCCAUAUCUGACAAUAACCGGCUUGUACUCGGUACCAAUGCAGCAGAGGAACAGACUGCCGAGCUCCUGCUUUCAACAUUGCUUACUUCCGAGAAGUUGGGCAACGAUCUUGAGACUCGUCUCAAAACUAUCGUCAAGGACAGCGGGUUAGUACAUACCAACGGUCUCUGGUACGAAGGACUUGCGAAGAUUCUACUUAAACGAUUUGAAAUUUUACUCGAGGGAAGAAAUAGUGCGAAUCUCACUGGUGCCAUCAAGGAGUCAUUCGACAAAGCUGAGCGUACCGUCAAAGAUUUUAUUCACAACCAUCCUAUUCUCACAGCUGUUGCUGUUACACUCCUUGUGCUUGGGCUGUUCAUGUAUGCUGCGCCUUGGGCGGUUCAUGCACUUGGAUUUACUUUAGAUGGACCUCUUGAAGGCUCCUUUGCCUCUGGGUGGCAAUCUGCAAUUGGUGAUGUCGAGGCGGGGAGCUGGUUCGCUUUUUGGCAAAGACUGGGUAUGACAUGGGGGAAAUAAUGAGGUAUCAUAGUACUAUAUCAUAUGGAAGUGUUUAUUAGGGUGUGGUGGUAUGUACCAGACUUCAGGCGGGAUAUCGACCGUGUUAUAGCCAAUAAAACAAUAGUAUUACAAUAGUAAAUUCAUAGUGGAAAUAUCCCCAUAUAGAUAGACCUUCCCGAGUCUCCUAAGGACCCCGUUAAUCUAUCCAUGGGCUCCACUAUGUUCAUUCUUGUUACACAAUGCAUAUUCACUGUUGCUCUUUAGUACUUCUAUAACGGUCUAUUAUUG